AUGGUGACAACACGGGCCAUGGUGCUAAGAGAGCAGGCCCGCCAGGCUGAGGAAACUCGGCAGGACCAAGGGAGCGGUUCCGACCGCAGUCAAGACGACAGCGACAGCGGAGAGAGCGCCGGCAAUUCACAUCAUAGCGAGGGCGGAGGACUCGAGCAGGAUGAUGGUGGCAGUGGGGACGCCGAAGAUGAAGAUGGAGAUGGAGAAGGAGACGGCGGAGGAGGAGGUGGUGGUGGUGGCGAAGAUGAAGGCGACGGCGAGGCUGAGGCUGCAAGGCGACGACCGUGGCGAGUGUGGGUCUGGUGCGCUCUCGGCCUCGGCCUCAGUCUGUGCAAGUUGCACGUGAUUCCGCGCGAGCGGCCUGGUUCCGCCCCCGCACCGGCCUGGGACUUGGCGCCGCCCUGUCACGUCGCGACGAACCCCAACCAGAUCGCGCCGUGCAUACAGCUGGCCAACACGACGCGCCUGCUGGCCCUGCCGUUCGACCAGCUACUGGAGACGCUCCGCUCCGCCGCCCCUUCUCUCCCCACGCCGCCGCCCGCCACCCUCCUGCCCGUGGAUUCCGCCCUGGACGCCGCCUUCUCCCACGCGCAAUCCCUCCAGGACCAACUGGACAUCCUCCGCCCGCACUUCCUGCCCUGGACCCGCCCGUUCGCCUUGCUGGCUCCGCUGCGCGCCGUGUCGACGCGAUACGAUGCCUGCCACGCGCCAUCUGCUCUCCUCCGCCGCGUGUCGUGCCACCUGUCGCCGCCGCCGCCCGUCGUCCCGCUGCGCGCCUUCCUGCCCGCUCUCCUCGAGGACUGGCACCUCCGUCUGUCGCUGGAGCGCCCCCGGUACCUCGCCGAGCGGGAGGAGCUGCGGCGACUCGAUCGCACGCUGAAUGCCGUGGCCAGCGCCGUCACCGCCGCGCUCGAGGCCACCAGCCCCCGGUCCUCCACCGCCCAGCCCGCUCUGGUCUACCUUCGCCGCGCCGAAUCUCGCCUGCUGGCGCUGCGGGCCGCGUCCCACAUCGUCCACCGCCGCCUCGACGCCGCCAUCGCACACGAGACGGCCCUGCAACGCCGCUUCGCUGCCGCCGCCGCGGCCAUCAUCCACCCUCUGCUCUGCCUCCCCCCCGACCACCCCAUGCCGACCGACCUCGCCGCCGUGGCCUCCGCCAUCCAGACUUAUCCUCAACUCCUGGAUCUUCCCGUGGAAGCCGCGGCGGCCCGGGUGUACCACAACCUGACGGCUCUCGGCCGUGCGGUGCGCCAGGCGGUCGAGCACGAGGGGAAUGGCGAACACCUCGCGUCCGCGGUCGCCGACGCCACGUACUUUGGCGCUCGAGACUGGGCUCUUCAGACGUUCGAUCACUGCAUCGACGAGAGAGCACAGGUUCCGUGUCGGCGGCAGCCUCAACCUUUCGACAUGGCCACGACUUCCGACUCCUCUCACGUCAGCCCGGUCCCAGAGCAUCCCACUGGAGACUUCAAAGGAAUGGGUUGCACUACGCACCCGCAGCUCUUCCUCCGCCAUUGGUACAGCACCACAUCGGACGCGGACGCAUUUGAUCCCCAGUGGCCGAGCCUGCCAUUCUUGCACGAGCGUGUUGGGCUACUGGAUCCGAAGCGCAGGGGCAAAGUCAGGUGUAGUGCCACCUCGGCAUCGCAUCCAUCCACCUCAUGGCGAAGAGAGGGAUUGUGGGAGGUCCGGGCCAGGUGGGCUCAACAUCAAGGCUGA